AUGGCUCGUUACCUAAAUCCGCAGAAGAUCAGCCUUCUGGUUCUGUCCAGUUUGUAUUGCGACUCGGUGUUGCCUGUCUCGGCAACACUGCCAAUCCUUUCUUUCAUCACUGCUCAAAUCAUUCCUCCUUCUCUUCCACAUUUCGCUCUCUCUGAUUCUGAGAACUCCAAUAAUGGUGUCGUCUCAAUUCAUGACUUUGAGAAUGCUCUCGCUUCAGUGGCUUCCAUCAGCCCAGACCAGACUCUACUCGACCUCUUUCUAGAGCGGUUGUGGUCCAUUGACUCCCUCGACGCUCUGCAUGAGUUCUUCGAUGGCCUGAGCGACCUUUUGGCCAAGCCAGGUCAAGGCGCAACUGGACCUGAAGCCGAACCUUCGGGUAAGCGUCGCAUAUAUUUGUCUCGGACAUCUCCCUUAGGCAUGUUCAUUCGACGCGCGCAGCUUGAAUUUACUCGUCUCCAAUUUUACGAUGCGAGCAAACUGUGGUCAGCUUUUAUCAACUACAGACAGCCAACGGCCGCGUCAGGCUUGGAGCAGACUGAGGAUCCUGAGAACCCAGUCUUUGAUGCCAACCUUCCAAACCUUGAUGCAAUUCGUGGAGAUGAUCUCUUCGAAGCAGCCUAUGGACAUUUGGCGAGAGACAAAAAGACCGACGCAUUAGCCAGUACCGACGAGAUUGAAAGACUGUUGGCCUUUCAAAUUGAUCAGUUGCAAAGAUUCGGCAAUCGCGUGCCAGAUGAUAUGAAAGAAGGGUUACGCCAAAUGCUUGGCCCAACGAGUACCACCCCGAGUCUUGCACAUUUCGUCAGCAGAUUCUUCGAUGCUUGGAGGGCAGGGGAUUACACAUCUUCCUUUGAUCACCUCCACCGCUACUUCGACUACACAAUGCAAACGCGAGACAAGACUUAUUACCAGUAUGCACUCCUUCACAUGGCCAUACUUCAGGCCGAUUUCGGUUGCUUUAGCGAGGCAAUUGCAGCCAUGAAUGAGACGAUAGCGACCGCUCGAGAGAACCAAGAUAUGAGCUGCUUGAACUUUAGUCUGAGUUGGCUCAAUCACCUCUCCAAGGCCUAUCCGAAGCAGAUAAAAGCUUCCGGGUAUGGAGGGAUGUUAGGGACCGAGCGUGAUGGACUUGCGUUCUUGAAGUCCAAGGCUAAAGAAACCAAGAUGUGGAGCCUUUUGAGUGCGACAUUACUGAGUGAAGCAAAGAUGCUUCUAUCCAAUGGUGGCCCUGUACCCCGAGCCUUUGAACAAAUUUUCCAAUGCUCGCAUCUCAACAUAACUCAUUGCCUUACGAGCAAUCAAGGCGCGCAGAUGCUCAUGCAAGCUUCUAUGUACGGACGUCUGGGCAUGACUCACCUCUCGAACACAUACUGUGAUGUGCUUCGGGUGUGUUACGGAUCCGUCUGUCCCGUAGAUGAUAUACUCCGGUCAAUCUGCCAUACCGCAUUUAUCAGUUCACAGUCAGGCUCUUAUUCAGAGGCACUUAAAAUACUUGAGUCCGUGAAGACUGCAGAUCAUCGUACACUAAAGUUCCAUCAAUACGUUGUGAACAACUCGGCCUUAUUGAGGGCGAAGCGUGCAUUGAGAAGAUCCGACACCGACACAGCAGCGCACUUCAUCCGCCAACUUCAAUCCUUCAGCCCCUCAGACCCCGAAAUCCUCUUCCAGCUCGCAACGCUCUCCAUCCACCAACAAAUCCGCAACGGAUGCUACAGCGCCGCCUUACAGCGCAUCGAAGACCUAUUGGCCGAGCUGAAAGCCGAGGACGCAGACCUGUACCAGCGCAUCCACCUGCUCACCAUGAAAGCGAUGCUGUUCUGCCGCACCGGCGAGCCAGAAAAGGGCUUCAGCGUCGCCAUGCGCGCGGCUAGUGCUGCGCACCGCGCAAGGCUCUGGCCCGCGCUGUGGGAGGCCGUGUGCGUAAUUGCGGAGACGCUGGUCGCGUUGGGCGAGUUUGCAGCCGCGUCAAGGCUGGCGGAUGCCAUUAUUCCGCAGGUACUCGAGGCAGGCGACAAGCAGCUCUGCGCUAAACUCUACGCCGUGCAAGCGGACGCGCACGUCGGGCUGGGCGGGCACGCCAUGGCGAGCGGAAGCAGCUACGAGGCUGAAAUCGUGCAGGCGGACUUGUUCCUCGACAAGGCGGGGCAAUGCUUCCACCAGAUCGAAGACGUCCGCGGCGAGAGCGAGACGCUCGCGAAAAAGGCGCUGCUGGGCAAACUGCGGGGCGACGAAGCAGGCGCGGCGAAAGCAGCGACAGAGAGUGCGAAGGUGGUUGACGAGGCGGGGGAGCGGGGCGUGGGCGUUAUUUGUUAG